AUGGCUUCCUCAAACGCGGAUAUUGAAACGAGGAUCGCUACAUUACGACAUGAAAUAUUGUCGUACAAACCAGGCAAGGCUGUAUCUUGUGAUGAUGAACGAGUGGUGUUUCCUGAUAAGCUUGUCGUUGGCCGUAUCCCUCUAGAUGCUAUAUUUCGUUACGGAGGCGUCCCCAAAGCGAGAAAUAAAUUGAAGCAGCCCGCCGGGAGCACUGAUAUGUACGAAAUACCUCAACCUGAUGGCUCUCUCUCAGAUGACGACCAGUUGCAGUUGCUUGACCUUCUACGUGGAUGCCUUUAUGAAGGCGACAGAACGUUAGCAGCUAAUGAUCUGAAGAAGAUGUGCACGAAUCCACGAUGUACGUUGUUCUAUGAGAAAACCAAAAAAGAGGUGAAAGAGGCGAAAGAAGCAAAUCAGAAGAUGUCCACAGAAGUCCAAGAGCAAAAUCAGGAAUUAAAGAAAGGGAGAGAGGAAGACAGAGAAAGAUCUGAGAAAGAGCAGCGCUUAUUGGCAGCAGAUAUGACGAAGAAACUCGAGUCUAAGCAACAGCAAGUUGACACUUUGACAGAAAUCGUAGGAGAGAAAGAGCGAAAUGAGACGACUCUAACACAACAUGUUGAAGAGCUAAAGAAAGGGAGAGAGGAAGACAGAGGAAAAGCUGAUAAGGAGAAGCGCUCAUUGGCAGCAGAAAUGACGAAAAAACUCGAGUCUAAGCAACAACGCGUAGACACUUUGACAGAAAUCGUAGGGGAGAAAGAGCAAAAUGAGACGACUCUAAUACAACAAGUUGAGGAGCUAAAGAAAGGAAAAGAGGAAGACAGAGCAAGAUCUGAGAAAGAGAAGCGCUCAUUGGCAGCAGAUAUGACGAAGAAACUCGAGUCUAACCAACACCAUAUAGACACUUUGACAGAAAUCGUAGGGGAGAAUGAGCGAAAUGAGACGACUCUAAGACAACAAGUUGAGGAGCUAAAGAAAGGAAGAGAGGAAGACAGAGAAAGAGCUGAAAAAGAGAAGCGCUCAUUGGCAUCAGAUACGACGAAGAAACUCGAGUCUAAGCAACAGCAAGUAGACAUUCUGACAGAAAUCGUAGGGGAGAAAGGGCGAAAUGAGACGACUUUAAGACAACAAGUUGAAGAGCUAAAGAAAGGAAGAGAGGAAGACAGAGCGAGAUUGGAGAAGGACAAACUGUCAAUAGAAUUAAGCUGGAAGAAGGAGCAUGACUAUAAAGAACGUUUGGAGCAACUUGAGCGUGAGACCUGGAAGCUGAGAACCAAAAUUCAACUAGAAAGUGAGAUACGAUCAGCAGAGGAGAAGAAGAAAGCAGAGACACAUCAAUCGAGUUUCAUUCCUAGGGUGACCUGUGUAAAAAAAGCUCAGGAUGACACAUUAUCAUUUGAGGAUGAUUCAACCGGAGGACUGGGAAGGAGUGAUACAUUACAAGCAGGAGAGGAGCCCCCAGAUGAUGAGUUUGCAGGCAUAUUACAGCAGAUAGCUAACGAUCUUUACGAUGAAGCCAAGAUCGACAGUCUUGCUAGUCAGCUGGGAAUCCUACAUGGUGAUAUACAGAGAGCGCUCAUGACCAAUAUGAGGUUCGGCCCUGUUACCAGUGAUGGAACUCGCCAUAUGCUGAAACAAUGGAGAAGAGGUGUGUCCAGGGAAGAUGAACGGAUUGAGCUAAAGAAGGCACUGCAAGCUGCCAAGUUGGUCAACCUUGCAGACCUGUAUCUCAGCGAAGGUGUAGCAAAAGAACAGAUCGAAGACGUCAAUGAUCAGUAG